GAUAAUACAAUAGUAACUUUGGACAGAUUCUUUGUAAUCUACGAUAUGUGAUUUAUUUCUAUAUGUUUGCUUAUAAACUUUAACAUAAUAUGCUUGCGAAAUAAAAGGCAAUUGCAUAUAAGGAAGAUAAUAAAGAAAGUAAUAUUUUUAUGAUUAAUGCGUUAUAAUUAGCAAUGUUUUUUAUAAACAUCUGUAUAUCUUGGGCUAAAGUAAACUACGUAUUCUCUUUACGUAGAUAGGUUCAGAAUCAAAUCAAUCAAGACAACAUAAGUGUACAUUAUGUAUAAUUGUAUGAACUUGAUCAUUUAGUAUGUAUAACAUCGGUAGGAUUUACGACAGACAAUACAAGUACGUGUGUACUUUUAUUCUUUUUACAAUAUACUUUCGAUAUUAUAUGUUACAUGUUCGUUACUACAUUCAAUGACAUUUAAUUAAGUUUGUGAAUAUUGUAAUUAUUUAAGAAAAAAUAUGAUUAAAUGGAAAUAUGGUACAAGCAAAAAGACCAAGAAACUACAAUUAACUUUAGAAGAAAAUCGCGUUACGACGCGAUUAUUAUUGUAUGUGUUGUAUAAUUACAACUGAAAGUUUUAAUUGACCAAUGUUUUGAUUUCAAACCUUAUCAUGUUCUAUUUAGACUGCACUGACCAAACACUCGUCUAUACUUUAUUUAAUUUCACUGACGUCACGCACAUUUCAAUAUUAUUUUAUUCUCGUUAUGUGUCAUUAACUUAAAAGGUGUUACAGGCUUGUCAGACACGAGCAUCGUAAAACUUCUAAUUAAUCGAACUGUUAUAUGUUAUUAUCGAUAACAUAAGCAACAAUACGUAGUCACUGAUAUUCUAUAUUAUACUAAUGAAAAACUACACUCGAAAGACGUAAAAUUACCAAGGACAGAUAAGAAUGGAUCGACCAGUUUCGUCAUCAUUGGUAGUUUUGCGCGUGUCGCAUAUAAGUCUCCCCUCAGCCAUUGCCAGUAUGCGUGUGUUUCCGUAGUAGCGAAUCAUUUCCAGAUGUGUCAACCUUACGAGAUUGGUUGUACCUCAUACAAAACCGCGGUGCAGCGAGUUUCCUCGCGUCACGUUCGAAGAAACCGCGGUAACGCAGUCGACAUUUCUUCCACUAAUCAGAAGAGGUACGAUGCAUGAAUAAAAUACAGGGUGUAAUUAAAGUUAUCCAUAUUUCAGUGGCAGCGACAAAAAUGCGUGUGAUUUUUGGGAAAUUUCGCGAGGUAUCGCAAAAAUACCCAAUUGUAAGAGGGAUGGCUUCUUAUACUAUCAUAUGGCCUACAGGAAGUUUACUUCAACAAAAAAUCGCCGGAAAUGAACAAUUAAAUUACAUGCAAGCAUUAAGAUUCAGUUUGUAUGGUGGUUUUUUUGUUGCUCCAACACUAUACUGUUGGUUAAAAUGCUCUUCAUAUUUUUGGCCAAAGUCGGAUCUUAAAUAUGCAAUCACCAAAGCUUUAAUAGAACAAGUCACCUAUGGUCCUGCUGCAAUGUGUUGUUUCUUCUUUGGUAUAAAUCUUCUUGAAAUGAAACCAGUAUCAGAAUGUGUUGAAGAAGUUAAACAAAAAUUCUGGCCCACAUAUAAGGUCGGUGUUUGUGUCUGGCCCGUUCUGCAAACCAUCAACUUCUUUUUAAUUCCAGAACACAAUCGGGUAGUUUAUGUGAGUUUCUGCAGUUUAAUUUGGACAUCUUUCCUUGCAUACAUGAAAGCAAUGGAAGGUAAACGAAAAGAACAAAUAAAUGAUAAGCACACAAAGCGUGCUGAAGAUAGUCUUAAUAUUAAUCCUGUUGUACAAACAGAAGAUAAAAGUAGACGGGUACCUCCUAUACGGUAAAGAAUCUUAGGAAAUUUUUAGUUUAAUCAAAUAAAUUAUAGAAAUGUAUAAAAUUGACUAUAUUUUACGAUGGAGUUAAACGAUAUAUGUACUUAUCGUUUAUAGUACAAAGUAGGUCGAAAAAUUUAACUAAAUGUACAUAAAUAUGUGUUCAAUAUAUGUCUGCGUAUUGUAAUAGAUAAGAUUUUAACGAAAGAUAUGAACUGAUGAAAGUAUAUAAAGAAGUAUAUCUUGUUACUAGUAAAGAUAUUUAUUGUGAUUUUAUUCCUGACAAUAACUUAUACUUAUUGUUAAUAAAGAUGAAAUAAAUUGUUAUUAAAAA